CCGCCGCCUGCGCUCGGCCGCUCGUGGCUCCCCCCCGCCGUUCUUGCAGAGGCCCAGUAAUCAGAUAUGGAGCAUGUCUUUACCCCGUAGGAACCCCUGCUUCCCACUAGGAAUUUGAAAUACUGCCUUGUGAUCCUGAAUCAGCCUUUGGAUAAAUAUUUUCGUCAUCUUUGGAGCAAAGCUCUUUUAAGAGCCUGCGCUGACGGAGGUGCCAACCGUUUAUAUGAUAUCACCGAAGGAGAGAGGGAAAGCUUUUUGCCUGAAUUCAUCAAUGGAGACUUUGACUCAAUUAGGCCUGAUGUUAGAGACUACUACGCCAGUAAGGGAUGUGAGCUUAUUUCAACUCCUGAUCAAGACCAUACUGACUUUACCAAGUGCCUUGAAGUGCUCCAAAAGAAGAUAAAAGAAAAAGACCUGCAGGUGGACGUGGUUGUGACGUUGGGAGGACUCGCUGGGCGUUUUGACCAGAUUAUGGCGUCGGUGAGCACCUUGUUCCAAGCUGCUCGCAUCUCUCCUCUGCGGAUCAUAAUCCUCCAAGAGGAGUCUCUCAUCUACCUGCUCCAACCAGGAAAGCACAAGUUGCAUGUAGACACGGGAAUGGAAGGAGAUUGGUGUGGCCUUAUUCCUGUUGGACAGCCCUGCAGUCAGGUUACGACAACGGGCCUCAAGUGGAACCUCACAAAUCACGUGCUUGCUUUUGGAACACUGGUCAGUACUUCCAACACCUAGGAUGGGUCUGGUGUUGUCACCGUGGAGACGGAGCAGCCGCUUCUCUGGACCAUGGCCAUCAAGCCCUAACCCCGGCCGCCGUUCCCAGCCUCUAACUUACCUCCCUGGCCGCCGACUCACUGCUCAACAACAGUCGUUCACCUGGUUGGCCCGGGCCCAACCUCUCCAUGGCAAGCCCACUCGUUUUAAAGAUGUAAUGCUCAGAGAAUCCAGGUGACAUAACUGACAGCUCUCAGUUUCACAGGGAAGGGGGAAAUCAUUUGUAAGAAAAUAAAUCAGCUCUAUGA